AUGGAGAUAAAUCCACCCAGAUCAGUUCUCAAAGCAUAUCAAGCUGUAGGUGGAACGAUGAUGGAUGCAACAGCAACAAUUUGCUCUCAAUCUCCAGAUGGAUUGCUUGUGGGUUGUUUCUGCUGUAUCUCCUGGUGGUUUAUUGCUGGGGGGCGUUUGGCUUUUGGCUUUAUGGUUUUUGUUUUGGCUUCAAAGGCCUUUGAUGAACAGUUGACUCUCAUUCUCUCAUGUCCAGGCAGUGGCCACAAAUAA